UCAUGUAGAGUCCCCAAGCUCAAAAUUUAUAUAUAUUAGAAGCUUUCAAUCGCUAUUAAUUCAAUAAACUAAAUAUAUAUCCCUUCAAGAAGAAAAAAACUAGCAUUCAGAGUUGAAGAUGAUGCUUAGGACCUUUGUUGGGAAGAUAGAAAUGGGUAUUUCACAGUUUGUACACAGAAGGCCACCACUGAGGAACUUCAAUGAAUCCACAACCACAAGUGUGGUGCCAGAUGAUGUUAGGGAAGGAUAUUUUGCUGUUCUUGGAACAAAGGGCGGAGAAUCCAAAAGGUUCGUUGUUAGCUUACAUUACUUGAAUGAUCCUGCUUUCUUGGGACUGCUUGAUCAAGCUCAGGAAGAGUUUGGUUUCAGGAAAAAGGGAGCACUUUCAAUCCCUUGUCAGCCUCAAGAAUUCUUGAGGGUUGCAGAGUGUAGAGAAGAGAAGCAACAAAGUUGCAAGGGAUACUUAUGGAGGAUUCUACUUAAGUUGUUGAUGAUUCUUUUUAUUCUUUAGUCACUUAAUUAAUUGUUCCCUUUUACAGUGUAACAAAGGUAGAUCAAAUGUUAUUGCUUUAAUAA